GUAAGACACUAGCAAGCUCGAGCGCCUCGAUAGGACGCGCAAAGCUCGCAGCUCACACAGCAGCGUGCCGCGUACAUGAUUUUCAUAGCACAAGGACGCGCCCAAGGCAAGCAGAACACGUGAGACGACUCACAACCUCUCCACAGCCACCAAAGCAAACAGCUCAUCUGCGAGAGCAAACAUGGACGAGCCGCAAGACGACAGCGACGAGCACGCGCCCGCCUCGGCAUUGAUCGCCCUGCCGCCCGACGCCCUAGCUCGAGUCUGCGCCUACCUCGAGACGCGCGCCGCGCGCCGGCUCCACGCGUCGGCAAAAGUCUCCGCCCGGGCCCUCGGCAGCGAGGCCUGGGCCGCGGUCAUCAAAACGAACCACGGCGGCCUCAAGCUCCGGCCCAAGGAGUUGGAAGGAGCCAAGGCCCACGCGGCCCUCCAAACGCUCCACCGCCGCGCGCGGUCGGCGCGCAUGCGGUCCGACGUCCGGCGGCACACGAACCCCAGCGCGGGCUGGGGCCUGCCGGGCUUCCACGGCCUCGCGACGGACGGCGGCGUCGACGAGGGCGACGCGACGUACUGGUGCGACGCGCUCUUCCGGCCCGAGCCGUAGUUUGCUGUGUGGAAAUCAUAUUCUGCUCGAUGGCGUGGAGUUUCCAGGCCAUCGACGCGACGUUGUCGCCGUGACCGCGUCGUUUCGAUGGCGUGGAGGUUCACGAAAAACCACACAGGUGGCUCGUCUACUCGUCCGCGGUGACGGCGCGGCCCGUGCUCUGCGCCGCGGCCUACCUGGUGGUCGGGCCCGGGGACGCGACGAUAAAUGACGACGACGCCCAGGACCGGGCCUGGAUGGUCGAGCGCAUGGAGAAGGCCGGUCUGCUCUUCGACGACGCGGGCCUGGACCACUUGGAUAGUGAGCCGCCGGACGUCGUGGCCCAGACCUUCGCCGAGGUGACGCGCGUCAUGGACGACCAGGGCUGGCUCCACGAGUUGGUCAGGGACGUCCACGAGUCCAGGAGGGCGGCGGUAAUGGCGCGCGUCCGCCGCAAGCGCGACGAGAUCCAGAGUAGGCCGCCGGCGCGACGGCCGAAGCCCUUCGCGGGCUGUGAGCUGCAGACGUGCGACGGGGGCAAUUUGUUGGUCAACGACCACGUCCGGCAGCGGUGCUCGCCGGCGCUGACGCCGUGCGCGAUCGCGACGGCCGUCGUUAUUCGUAGACCGACGAACUACUCGUGCCCCUGCGCCGUCGGCGUCGUGUUCGCGUGCCGGCGCCACCCCACCACUUCUGACAUAGCGCAGAGCUCGCGCCUCGCGCGCGUCUGCCGCGCGUCGGACGCUGCCGCCUCCAUCUUGAUGGCGCAGACCGAGGAGACGACGCGCGUCGAGCUGCCCCGGAGUCUGGGCGGCGGCCGCGGCCGCGUCGUCCAGUGGGACCCGAGCGUGGUGGGAGGCAACUCGUACCGCGUAUUGGUGGACGGGCGGAGCGUGCCGGUGCUGGUAAGGCGGUCCGAGGCGAAGCGGAUUACGGGCGGCGACCCCUUCGACCUGCCGGGCUUCGGCGUCGCGACUUUAUCUUACGAGAACGCGGAAGGCCGAGUUUGGGACGUGAAGGCGGGCGCGGCGUGGGCGGCGGCGGACGUCUAUCCCCGUGUGAAAAUCAAAUGUCGGGCGAUGUUUUCUGGGUCUGCUCGAUGGCGUGGAGUUUUCAGGUCACCGACGCGACGUCUUCGCUGCGACGGCGUCGGUUCGAUGGCUUGGAGUUUCACGAAGGUCUCCACGCAAUAUAUCCACACAGGUCUAUCCCAUCGCGGCGUGGGCCUUCAAGGCGCGGCCCGAGGACGAGCGGCGCAUCACGGGCGAGCACGGCCAGCUCCGCGCGCCGCUCAAGCGCCCUGUGGCCGUGCGCGGCCUCGUCGUGGGCCUCUUACAGGCCGAGGACCGCAUGCGCGAGUUCCGCGACGCGCACCCGGAGCCGAAUUUGGAUUUGCAGUUCGUGGGCGUCGAGGGGUACGCCUAUCCCUGAUAAGUCAUUCACCA